CAAGGAUCUAACGAUGUGGACAGAAGUCGGGAAGCUUGUGCUAUUACAUUUGCUACUCAUGGAGCUCCACUGCGCUAAAGGAACUCAUACGGAGUCGGAGUGUGAAACCGGGCAGUUUCAGUGCAAGAACGGACGGUGCAUCCCGACCCUGUGGAGAUGCGAUGAUGACGACGAUUGCUCAGACAGCAGUGAUGAGGAGAACUGUCCAAAGAAGACGUGUGCAACCACAGACUUCGCCUGCAAGAAUGGACAGUGUGUUCCUGCUAGGUGGCGCUGCGAUGGAGAACCAGAGUGUGCAGACGGUUCAGACGAGGCUGACGCAAUCUGCAGCCGACAGACUUGUCCACCAGAGAAGUUUGAUUGCGGAGGCGCUGCCAGCAAAUGUGUUUCGUUGUCAUGGCGAUGCGACGGCGAGAGAGACUGUGAGAACGGGGCAGAUGAGGAGCAGUGCGCAGCAGAUGCCAAGGCCUGCCCCUCCAAAGACUUCCAGUGCCGCAACGGGAAGUGCGUGGCGCCGAUCUUCGUGUGCGACGGCGACGACGACUGCGGGGACGCCAGCGACGAGCAGAAGUGCUCGGCCCCGACCUGCGGCCAGCACGAGUUCCGCUGCAACGACUCCGAGUGCAUCCCCGCCCUGUGGAGCUGCGACGGCGACCCGGACUGCAAGGACAAGUCGGACGAGUCCAUGGAGCGCUGCAGCCGGAGGACGGAGCCCCAGAAACCCCGCUGCCCGGUGGGCGAGUUCCAGUGCGGGAGCGGAGAGUGCGUCCACAUGAACUGGAAGUGCGACGGAGACGCGGACUGCAAGGAUAAAUCUGACGAGGCAAACUGUCCCCUGCUCACAUGUCGACCCGAUGAGUUCCAGUGUGGCGACGGCUCCUGUAUCCACGGCACCAAGCAGUGUAAUAAAGUUCACGACUGUCCAGACUACAGCGACGAAGCUGGCUGCCUCAACGUUACGAAAUGCGACGGACAGAGAAAGUUCCGCUGCAAGAACGGAGAGUGUAUUGACAGCAGCAAAGUGUGCGACAAUGUGAAAGACUGCAAGGACUGGUCUGAUGAACCAAUGAAGGAGUGUGGCCUGAAUGAGUGUGCGGACAACAAUGGUGGCUGCUCUCACAUCUGCAGGGACCGGAGAAUUGGUUAUGAGUGUGACUGUCCCUCCGGCUACAAACUUCUGGACAAAAAGACUUGUGGAGACAUAGACGAGUGUGAGAACCCAGACGCCUGCAGUCAGAUCUGCAUCAACUACAAAGGAGAUUACAAGUGUGAGUGCUACGAAGGCUACGAGAUGGAUCCCGCCUCUAAGACCUGCAAAGCCGUGGGAAAGAGCCCGUACCUGAUGUUCACCAACCGUCACGAAAUCCGCCGCAUUGACCUGCUGAAGAGCGAAUACUCACAAGUGGUUCCAACGCUGAAGAAUGCCGUGGCCCUGGAUGUGGACGUUUCCACCAACAAGAUGUUCUGGUGUGAUCUGUAUCAUCGCAAAAUAUACAGUGCUUACAUCAACAAGGCCAGUGAUUCAUCGCAGCAGGUGACGCUCAUCGACUCGCUCCACUCCCCUGAGGGCCUGGCUGUCGACUGGGUCCAUAAGAACAUCUACUGGACGGAUUCAGGCAACAAGAGCAUCUCUGUGGCCACAGGAGAUGGCAGGAAGAGGAAAGUGCUGAUAGCCACUGAGCUGAGCGAGCCACGGGCCAUCGCAGUGGAUCCACACCAAGGGUUCAUGUACUGGUCAGACUGGGGAGGUCAGGCCAAAAUUGAAAAGGCUGGAAUGAACGGAGUGGACCGACAAGUUCUGGUGUAUGAGCACAUCGAGUGGCCCAAUGGAAUCACUCUGGACUUGUCCAACAGGCGUCUCUACUGGGUGGACUCCAAGCUGCACCUGCUGUCCAGUGUGGACCUGAACGGAGACAACCGCAAAGUGCUGCUGUCCUCCCACCACCACCUCGGACACCCCUUCGCCCUCACUGUCUUCGAGGAUCGCAUAUACUGGACAGACUUGGAAGAUGAAGCGAUAUACAGCGCCAACCGACUGACAGGACAUGAAGUGUCAAAGGUAGCGGAGCACCUCAACAACCCUCUGGACCUGGUGGUGUUUCAUGAACAGAGGCAGCCCAAGGCCCCCGACACCUGUAACAUGGGCAGCCUGCCCAACGGUGGCUGCGAGUAUCUCUGCCUGAAGGCCCCUCAGAUCACAGACCACUCCCCCAAAUACACCUGCGCCUGUCCUGACGGCAUGGAGCUCGGCCCGGACAUGAGGCGCUGUGCUAUAGUUCGACCCAGAACAACCACCACAGCCGCCCCGACCACCACCACCACCACCACCACUACCACUACCACCACCACAGCUCCCACCACCACCACCACGGCAAGCACCACGAGGAGCACCACCGUGGCCACCACCACGACCCCUCCUACCACCACCAGCGCCACCACCUCCACCGCCACCACGCAGAGGCCCGCGACCAGGCGCCUCACGACGCCGACGCCUCCCCAGACCACCAGAAGCGGCAGAAGCACAGAGCACCCUCGGACCCCCGCCGCCACCAGCACAGAGACCACCAGCUUCAGCAGCACCGGCCAGACGUCCACGUCCACGCACACUCCCCUGCUGGGCCCGGUGGCUCCCAACAGCAUCCAGAGAGAGAGCAAUGCCAACCUCUCCCACAGAGCCGCCAGUGAUCACUACCUCAUAGGUAACAACAUCACAGUAGCUGUUCUGGGGAUAGUCAUUCCUAUCGUGGUCAUUGGAUUACUCUGCACCGGCGGAUAUCUGGUUUGGCGCAACUGGCGACGCAAGAACACCAAGAGCAUGAACUUCGACAACCCGGUGUAUCGCAAAACCACGGAGGACGACGACGACGAGAUCCACAUCGGCCGCCACAGCGAGUCCAUCGGUCACGUCUACCCCGCUCGCGUGGCACUCAGUCUGGAGGAUGAUGGCUAUCCCUGAGGGGGGGUGGGAUGCAUCCCGGCCCCCUCCUCUCACCACAGCUUCUACACCACUACAGUGAGGCCAGUACAACGCAGAGGAGAAAAGAGAAGGAGUCCUCAUUUGCCUCCCCCCCCCCCUCCUUUAUAAGGAGCAGGGAU